UUUUGUGUUGAGGCACUUCAGUUUGUGUUUUGAUAUUUUAUCUGGAUAAAACCAUGGGGCUUGUUCUUCGGUAACUUUGACGUGGCUUCUUCUGCUUUCAACAUUAUAGGCCUACACUAAAAUUACUCGUGUCUUUCUUUUUUUUAGGUUCUGCUAUGGCUGCUAGUUAUUGGAGAGCUUCAGUUCCCUGGCUAUUUACGCAGAAGCUCGUCCACAGCCAGCAUGGCCCGGCCCCAUUUUGGGGAUCCAGUCCCAGCAGCCCGGCUACCCGCCCCAUCCUGAGGCCCAGCAGCCCGCCUACCUGCCACGUCCUCAGGCCCAGCAGCCCACCUACCUGCCACGUCCUCAGGCCCAGCAGCCCGGCUUCCCGUCCCGUCCUCAGUCCCAGCAGCCCGCCUACCAGCCCCUUCCUCAGUCCCAGCAGCCCGGCUUUCCGUCCCGUCCUCAGUCCCAGCAACUCACCGCAGCCCCGUACUCAGUCCCAGCAGCCCGCCUACAAGCCCCGUCCUCAGGCCGAGCAGCCCGGCUUCCAGGCCAAGCCCCGUCCUCAGGCCCAGCAGCCCGCCUACCAGCCCCCUCCUCAGUCCCAGCAGCCCGGCCCGGCGUCCCGUCCUCAGUCCCAGCAGCCCAGCAACUCACCGCAGUCCCUUCCUCAGUCCCAGCAGCCCGCAUACCAGCCCCUUCCUCAGUCCCAGCAGCCCGGCUUCCCGUCCCGUCAUCAGUCCCAGCAGCCCAGCAACUCACCGCAGCCCCGUCCUCAGUCCCAGCAGCCCGGCUUCCCGUCCCGCCCUCAGUCCCAGCAGCCCAGCAACUCACAGCAGCACCGUACUCAGUCCCAGCUUCCCGUCCCGUCCCCAGGCCCAGCAUCCCGGCUUCCCGUCCCAUCCUCAGUACCAGCAGCCCAGCAAUUCACCGCAGCCCUGUACUCAGGCCCAGCAGCCCGGCUUCCCGUCCCGUCCCCAGGCCCAGCAGCCCGGCUUCCCGUCCCAGCAGCCCAGCAACUCACUGCAGCUCCGUCCCCAGGCCAAGCUCCGUCCUCAGCUGGGCUACUAGGCCAAACCCACCCACCCAGCCAGCCAGCCGGCUACCAGGCCGUGCCCAGGCCGUGCCCAGGCCAGCUACCAACCCAGUGGCAGUUUUGGCUCUCAACUUCCUGCCAAGACUGAAGCUACACCAAGAGAGGUUGAACAGGAAUGGGACCCAUCUCGACUUGGAAACUAAAGGUGUUUUUGGCUAAAACUGAAGAUUUCUUGGAAGUGUUUCAACUGACUGGCCUCGAUAAACUAACACUCGCCUGCACAGUCUUUAAAGAAAUAAAUGCAUUUUACACUGA